AUCGAUCUUAGGUUGAAGGUAAUCGGAAACCUCUCCGACAAUAAUUGACGACUAUCUUCGAAAAUUGUGAACGAAACGCAGCGUUUUUUACCCAAAUAGUUUCCUGAUGAAUUCAAGAUGACAAGAGUUUUCGACAAUAACGACAUUCGUGGAACUUGGGUGAGUUAUUCAGAAGCUUUGUACGAAUUCGACUCUCAUGUGUCUUCUGUAUAAACGAUUGAAGUCCAAGACAAUUUAUUUACACGGAUAAUUUCCUAGUUCCCUUCAGGUUUUCAUGGACAUUUUCGAAGCAAAUCGCGCUCAGAGUUUACCAUUCCUUAUCGCCACAGAGCUAAGCCAUGUCCUCCGGAGAAAUUUAUGAAUUAUGCGAAGGUAAGUUCUGAAAAUAAAACGGACGCGCAGCUCCCAGCUGACAUAAACAUUGUCAUUACUCUCAUGUAAACAGCUGCUUGUGAAACUUUCAACAAGUACUGAUCUAUCAGGUAUCUGCCUUUAAUUUGAUGGUAGACAAGAACUAGCAGACGACUUCUACGCUCGGAUAGAAAUCACACAUUGACUUCGUUAUGAGAUAUCAUCACCAGUUGAACUUCAGAAAACUUUUACAAUUUUCUCCAUGUUGGAUUUUAAUGAUGCAUUCGCUGUUUGGUUGAGAGGCAAUUACUGGUGAUACGAAUUCCGGGCCACAUCAAAAUUGACCUAGAUAUCUCUCUUACAAACCCAAACAGAAACACCCAGUGGGACAGCGAACAACUUUUCACUGAUACAAUGUUCCUCACGUAACAGAGAUGAAAAAAUGUUAUCUGAAAUAUGAUCAACAGGACGUGAAGUUCGAUUUAACCUUUCAUAUAAUCUUGCAAAUAUAUCUGAGACAGGUGUGACAUUCAUCGCUUUUUUUAAUUGAACUAUACCAACAACAGUUACCUUACGUUAUCAAUUAUGCUAUACAUGUCACUUCCCAAUGUAUGAAAAUUAUGUUACUUGAAAUGAUUUGGUGGGUAUUGUUUGGUAGUAAUUAAUCUGAAUAUUUUUCUUGCAUGUGUUUCACAGGAAAGAUCUAAUAGACACCUGUUCUCGAGACAUGACAACAGACAUGCACAUAGUGAUAAGGGAGAUCUUGAAACUUAUUUUGGAAUGGUAUUUAUUAAUCAGCUACUAUUUUGAAUCUUGGUGUUAUCUUUUUAAUGUGAAAUAUUUGUUUUAACCCAACCUAAGUUAUAGUUCUGGAGGCAAUGAUCUUAUUAGCAGUCACAGCAAGGGCCUGUGGUUGAAAGAAAAACUGGAGUUUUUUCAAAUUCUUUCCCAUAAUUUUUUUCAUCUCACAAUUGAUCAACUGUCAGAGUACACUGUAGCAAAGAGGGAGGGGGGAGGGGGAUCAUAAUCCUGUUUCACACCAACUUUUAGAAAAAUUCACCAGCAUGAGUACUUAAAACAGUAUUCAACAUGUCACAAAUUUAAAAGGAAAAACUUCAAAUCUCACAUACUUUGGCUAUCUGUAAAAUUUUUACUUGACAAAUUUAUUGUGAUGCAUUAGGUACAAACACUUCCAGUAUAGGGCUGGCAUGAUGUAGGUCUCCAAGAUCUAAUUUUAUAAUGCAGAGAGUAGUACCUGCAAUGUGAAAAUGACUUAUCAUGCAGCCUCUUCCGCUGGAAAAUCCUGUCACUUUACAUCACUGCCUUACUAUGGGACUUGUUCCUGUAUAUGUCAGAUUUUCAAUUGGAGCUUAGGUCCAUACCAGUGUGUACUAUUUAUUAUCCUGAUGGCAGAACCUUUUGAUUGAUUUGGAGGUCACCUGUUAAAAUUAGAGGAAUUCUAAAGUGAAGGAGAAAAUAAUCAUAUCUGUGAGUGUUUUAAUUCUGCUGAAUCAUUUCCUUGCAACAUUUAAUGUCUGAGAAAAUAAAAUUCUUUAAUCAGACUCCAGUGGCAUUUUCAUGGCAAUUGAGUGAUUUUCAACUCAUAAUUUAUUGCUCUUUCACAACUGUUUUCAAAAAGUUUGAAAUAUAGCUGUUACAUUAUAAGAAAAUCCACUUUUGUUAUUGAUUAACUAGUCAUAUUACAUUUACUGAUGAUAAAAAACUUCAGCAAAAUUGUUCAAUGUGAUUGGUUAGCAACAGUCCAGGUUAUGUGUUAAUAGGAAAGUGAAGGAGUCGCGCUUGUAACUGAACAGCAUAACAGACAAUUCAUUUGUAGACUGUAGGUUCGUUGUGUUUUUCAUGUUUAUAUAAUUAUUAUGAAUAUGUUCAGCUGAUUGGUGUUUUGUUUCUCAAAUUUUGUUGUAGUUUUUUUUAAUUUAUUAGGUCUUUUUUGUUGUCUAAUUAUUUCAAUCUGUAAUCAUACUCAUGAUUAAUAAUUUGAAGUCUUGAUUCGCUGAUGUUUGAGUUACAAAUGGAUUCCUUGUUGCUAUGCCUCUGUUCAGUACAUGUAAUAGAUCACAGGUGAAAUCGAAAUGUGGUAAGAACAAAAAGGUGGCAAAUUAAGGUGCAGCUGAGUGUGUCACUGAUAUUCUUACUGCUUUUGAUACCUUUUAUGAUUUAUUACAAUUUACUAUACGUACCCUCAGCUACAAAGAAUUUGUUUUCUUUAUAAUUAACAUGCAAAAUGCUGUUCAGUUGGUGAUACACAGUCAAUGCAUCCGUCUCCACUAGAUCAUAGGCAAGAACCAAUCAAACUGCAUUAUUUUACAAUACAACUUAUCAUAAUAUUUUUUUUUACCAUCACUAUGAUUAAAGACUGCAAUGGACUCCACCUGAUGAUUCUAAGUUUGUGAAUUGCUCUUUCAGUUCAGUUUAGUUUUAUUAACUAUCACUUAUGGUCUAUUGCCUUGUCAAGAUGCAAUGUGCCAUUGAUAACAUAUGAUCCUUCACUGUGUUAUUUCACGAGUUCCUUUUGAUUGUUUUCUUUUUGUUUGUUUUUACAAUGUUUAUACCAUGGGCAGGAUUUCAAUAAAAUCCAGUCAGCCUGGGAGCAAGGUCUUUUGUUUGGUUUUUCCCAAAUGGCAUGGCUGCCUGGUGCACCAUUGGCAGCCAUUUUUGGAAAAAGCUCUGCAUGAGUCAUUCCUGUAAGCUGGUUGCAAAAUUUUAAUUGUUACCAGAUCUUUCUAUACAGUAUGUGUUUGUUAUUCCAGUGCCAGACUCACAUUCAUUUUUUAGGAUAUUAACUUGAAAAAAUAGGCUUAGGUUAUCCACAAGGCUUAAAUAUUCAGGCUUACUGAUAAACUGUCAGGUUAAAAAAUAACAAAAAUUCAUAUCCAUACAUUAUUCCACACAAAAGUAAUGCUAAAACUGAAACUAAUCAGGUAGAAAUUGCUAUCUUGAUCUUACACCAAACUCUCGUAACUAAUUUACAAGGAAAUGUGCAGCAGCUAGGGGAGAUGAUUAACAAUCAGAUUUUGGGACUAGUCUGAAAGGGUUAAUACACAGUUAAGAGUCAUUUUAAGAGAAAAUUUGAAGGCAAGCAGAACCUGCCUUAAACCAAAACCUUGCAUGUAAAUGACAGGGUUCUCAUUAUAGAGCAGGAUCUGAGUACCAGCACCAAGAUGCACAAGUGUCAGUACCUACCCACACAUGGGGCAUGAAGGAAUUAACUUCUUCUUUGUGUUUUUUUGCCCAGAAGGAUACCCAAGCAGUAAAAAAAAACGAAACCACUGGGAUUUUGGGUAGAAAGUUACACCUUAGGCGUAAACCCACCUAGUUGGUGUGGCUAGUUGGUGUGACAGUGUUAACAAUACCCCAUGAGAGCGUAGUAUAUGACCGAUUCUGAAGCAUAUUUAGCUUGCGUGACAGUUUUAAGAGUAACGGUAAUCUUUAAGAGAAUUACUGUGACAUUUUGUACUCAAAUUUAAGGGUACUAAGACAAAUUUUUUACAUCAUAUUGUUAAAUAAAUAAACAUUGAUACCAGACUAACAAACCUGACUGUAAACGUUUCAUAUCAUUGUUUUUCUUCGCAGGGAAUGGGAAAAAGGAAGUAUGUCCAGCCAGGUCAAACCCAACACACAAGGAGCACUCGAGACUUGCUAACAUGGCGAGGAAAUGAACCAGGCGACCUGAAUUCAACUUACCGUUCACAAUAUUCAACUUCUCGUCCAUCUUCGUGCAGUUUUAACGAAUCCGAGCCAAUCCACGUGAGGUCAAAUCUUGGGCUAAGACGGAGACAUGUUCGGGCAUCUUCGGCACCUCCGUCGCAGCGCCGGACAGCUCCGUUACUCGCCUGGAAUGAACCGGACGAAUCACAUCACGGAAAACCUGGUGUUGGUAUUCGGCAGACCAUACGAAAUCAAGGCGGGUUUGCUUCCGGGACGCCCUUCGCACACACAGCGCCUGCCGCCCCAGUGCACUCGCCGAAUCCCGGCCAAAGUUUUACAGUAUCAGAAACUAUCAUUCCUCUAAAUACCACGUGAAUCUUAAAAGCUCUACGUCAUUAUAUUUUGUAUCGUUUGAUUGCCACGUGUAAAAUUACUUUCACUACAAAGGAAACCACAAAUUAUUAGCAUAAUAAGGUGACAAAACACUUCUAUGGAAGGAAGAAAUGAAAUGGGAGAAAAAAUGGGAAAGGAUGACAAAGAUUUAAACGGAUUAAAAUGUCAGACUAGAAAAAAAUUGACGCUUAAUUUUUCCAAAUUGUUGCUACAGGCCAGGAAAAAGUCAGGGCAAAAUGCAAUUCUUCAAGGUCAAGGAAAAGACAGGUAAUUUCAUUUUGCGUCAAGGAAAAAUUUACGUAUUUGAAAGAAGUCGUGGAAAAGUGAAACUUCAUGUACGCUGUAUGUGACUUACUGAAAGCAUAAAUCUGUGAGUAGAAAGGCUGACUAAGGGGGGAAGGGUGGAGGUCAUUAUCAGGACUCGUUUGAAAUUGUACAUUCAGUUGAUCAAGGACAUUUUACGUAUGUCAGAAAAAAAGUCAGGGAAUUUCAAAAACUCAUGAUUGUGAUAACCAUGUUUGAGAUACAUCAGAUAAAUCAGGUGAGAAAACGUGACAUCGACACCAUCAGAAUGUGAUGUAAAACCAACGUAAGUUUUUUUUCUUCAACCAAUUCGAGGAAAUGCUGCAAAAAGCCGAAAAGUGGAAGCCAACAUUUACAGCUUACCAUCAAUAGUUUUUCUCUUUGAGGGACCAUUCAGUCUAUGCUAAAUGAUUUGUGAGGCGAGAGUCAAGAGAAUUUAGUGACGUCAUUUUGUUAUGAGCGUGAAUUGCCGGAGAAUUGGGAAAAGCAAAAAAAUUCAAGAUACACUCACUAGAAGCAAAAAUUAGAAAAUCGCGUUUUUUGAAACCUCUCAAUAAGUCUUGAUAAGUCGAAUUUCAACAGAGUGCAUAAAAAACAAGGUGGAAA